UCAGGAGGAUUAGCAGCAUGUGUAUAGUGCUAGGAGGGCGUGCUGGGAAGAGCUCGACCCUGGACAGCCAAAGGGACUUCAGGAAGGAAUUCCAAGCCUUGGGAGGAGCAUUCUGAGCCUGCUUACAGAACUGGGGUCUCCAAGUUAAGUGUAUUCAGACUCCAUGUUGGCAUAGCUCUCUUCGGGCAAAUUUUCCUUUAAGAAGCAGAUUUAAGCAGUCAACUUGGUUGGGCCUGUUCUCCAUUGCCUGCCUCUUCAGACUCAUCACCGCUAUUCUAUGCGCCUCAGGCUCAGAUCCUGCUUGGAAAAAAAAAAUCACAUGAAUUUUCGUUAGCAGAUGUGCUACCUGAAUAGUCCCCUGCCAAAACCUCUGCUGUAAGCAAUACAAAAACUGGCUAAUCUUCUCAAGGCUGGCCAGGCUUCAGCUCUCAGAGUAACCCAAGUGUUCCAUCUGCUGUGCUUUCUGGACUCCUACCAAGGGCAGCAUCCUCUACUGUGACCAGCACCAACAGGAAUGUUUCCCUCCAUCCCUCUACCUGGACUACUACCAGGAUCUCCAGCACCCUUUCUUCCUUCCAGACCAUCAUGUCCCCAACCUAGUGGUCCUUAUCCAGUCCCUGCUAUACGAGGCCCUGGCCCCAGAGGGCCAUACGUUACACCAAAUAUGCCCUUUCCAGACCUACCUAGGCCAAACAGUGCACCCAUAGAUCCAGCUGUACCUGGUACGUUAGGUACACGGGGAUCCAUGUCUUCUGGACCUUGGGCACCAGGAAUGGGAGGGCAGCACCCUAAUAUGCCAUAUCUAUCUCCAGGGCCAUAUCCUACUCCUACUGCUCCCCCUCCCCUUCCUCCUCCUCUUCCCCCUUCUCUUCCUCCUCCUCUUCCUCCUCCUCCUCCAGUGUCAGGAGCACCACCUGUUCCAUGGGGCACAGUGUCACCCAGAGCCUGGGGACCACCAGCACCAAAUCCUGCCCCUCUAGAACCAUAUCCCCCCCCAGGACUCCAUCUUACUCUGAAUAAUCCUUGCCAAGAGUCUUCAGGACCUUCUGAUGUUUCACCAAUGCCUGAUGGCCCCCAUCAGAUGAAUGACAUCCCAGGUGGCUACCGUUCAGAUGCAUCGAACCAGGAGAGCACCCCGGAGACCACUGGACAAACAAAGCACCUGAAGAUAGACAACAAACCCAUCAAGAGGAGACGUUCCAAGAAGAGGAGUAAGCCAGUAACUUGGGGAGACAUCAAGACUUUAACUCAUGAAGCUGAGACUUUGGGGAAACAACAAGGGUACAACACUACUGACCCCAAAAUGAUGCUGUUAUGCUUAAUGACGAUAUUACAUGUUAAUUCUCAGCGUGAAAACGUAGAAUUCAAAUGACUUUUUAAAGAGGGGGGAAGGGUAAAAGGCACACCUGUAAAGAA